CGACGCGGGGUCAACGGAAAUGCGACGAGCAGAGCAGCCAGCCGCACGAAACAGUUCGUGAUAUCCGACGUUCGUGUAUCGACAUUUUGGGUGAACAGGGCUGGCUCUGGGGUCGAGGACAACGAACCGCUGUUUGGUAGAUGCCCAAGUAGGUAUACAGGACCCUACCUGGCCGGGUAUUCGUGGAGGUGUGCGUGGGCGGCCAAAGGUAGACUUUUCUAGUCAAGCCGCACACGCAAACCUUGCAAAUCGUGCUUCAGAGAUUUAAAAGACGCUCGUCGAGCCCCGCGCCACCCUGUGAAGCACAUGGCAUUCGUAUCACGACGGCUUUGAUUUGUGGCUUUCUAUCAUUAGCUCCCGUUGAAAUUUUCUUUGCUAUUCACUCACUUCCCUUCUUCCCUCGUGUUCCAAGUGAAUCACCCGGCCACCAAAUCAUCCAUCAGCUGUGCCGAGAUAACCGUCUCAACGGCGACGGCAUAUUGGUAUAUAUACAGCCAGCCUACUCUACACAGACUAGGCAGAUCACACAAACGCCAUGUCGGCCACUGUCACCAGCGUCGAGCUCACCGCGCUGCCCAAGAUCGCCAAGGGCAAGGUGCGCGAGCUCUUCGCCGUCGACGACAAGACGCUGCUCUUCGUCGCCACGGACCGCAUGUCAGCCUACGACGUGGUGCUGGACACGGGCGUGCCCGACAAGAGCGUAAUCUUGAACCUCUCAACCGUAUGGUGGUUCAAGAAGCUGCAGGAGAAGAUCCCGGGCCUGCGCACGCACUUUAUCUCGCUCGACCCGCCCGCGGGGUUGCCGGCGGCCGAGGCCGAGCUGAUCCGCCACCGCAGCAUGCAGGUGCGCCGCCUCAAGGUGUUCCCCGUCGAGGCCAUCGUGCGCGGCUACCUGGCCGGCUCGGCCUGGGCCGAGUACCAGCGGAGCGGCACCGUCCACGGGCUCGCCGUGCCCGCCGGUCUGCGUCAGUGCGAGCGCCUGCCCGCGCCCAUGUACACGCCCUCGACCAAGGCCGAGCAGGGCGAGCACGACGAGAACAUCACGCCCACGCAGGCCGCCGAGAUUGUCGGCCGCAAGUACGCCGGCCGCAUCGAGGAGCUGGCCCUGGCAGUCUACGGCGCCGCGGCCGACUACGCCGCCGAGCGCGGCAUCCUGAUCGCCGACACCAAGUUUGAGUUUGGCCUCGACGAGGAGACGGACGAGGUCGUGCUCAUCGACGAGGCCCUGACCCCGGACUCGUCGCGCUUCUGGCCGGCCGACAAGUACGAGCCCGGGCGCGACCAGGACAGCUUCGACAAGCAGUUCAUCAGGAACUGGCUGACCUCGAGCGGCCUCAAGGGCAAGCAGGGAGUGGCCAUCCCCGACGACAUUGCCCGCGCAACAGCCGAUCGCUAUCGGGCCGUCUUCUCCAAGCUUACCGGCCAGACCUUGGAAGAAGCUCUCGCCGGCCCAUUUCCUUGAGGUCCCACAGGCCUGGCUUCUUUAGACAAUAAUUUUAUGGGCAUUCAUUCAUCCAGCCAUGCUUUCCUUCAGUAUCGGAACUUUCCAC